AUGUCGAUGGAGACCUUCUGGCUCAUCCCCGAAAGGGCCUUUGUUUUCUGCCUCACACUCGGAGGGGCCUUCUCCAUGGAAUUCCCCACGUUUCACGCCGUGCACCCCGGUCUCAAAUACGACGCCGUGAGCGUCGAAACGUGGGAAGUGAGUCAGGUGAUGUGCAGCAUCCGGUGCGUGCUCCAGCAUCCGACGUGCAGCGCGUUCAACUAUCGGGAGACGGAUGGGUCGUGUCAGCUCGUCACUGGGGGACUCAGCGACUUGGUCGACGACGGCGGGUUCAAGGCCUUCGCUCAGAUGCACUGCCUGAGAGAUCACCCGAUGAUCUACGGAGCGAAGGCGGUGUACGAGCACGGCUGGAACGGGGAAUACCCAGCACCAAAAGGAGCGAUGGUCAGCCUCGUCUGCGAGAACCCUCAAGGAUUUGUGGAUGGCUCGAAGCUAGCCACGUGCGCCAUCGAGAGGGCGGACAUCUGGUACACGUCGAAGCCGUUCUAUCGCCUCUACUGCAAAGGUACUCCCCUGGAGCGAGUCCUUGCCGGAAUGCGAAAGAGCGCGGGGCGAGGCGGGGCCGACGCAAGGGAAAGGACGGCCCGGAUUGCGAUGAGCCCGAGUCCGUUCCUCCCAAUGCCCUCAAAUUGGCAUGUGGAGCCGAAAGACCAGAAGCCGAAAGACCAGGAGCCGAAAGACCAGGAGGUGAAAGACCAGGAGGUGAAAGACCAGGAGGUGAAAGACCAGGAGGUGAAGGACCAGGAGGUGAAAGACCAGGAGGUGAAAGACCAGGAGGUGAAAGACCAGGAGGUGAAGGACCAGGAGGUGAAAGACCAGGAGGUGAAAGACCAGGAGGUGAAGCGACAGACGGAGGCGUGCUCCCUUCGCCCCUUCGGAUGCGAGUCCAUGACGGUCAUGAGAUACACCUGGCCCUGCCAAGAGUCCGACGGCUGCAGCAGCAACCAUCGCGAGGUCUACACGAUCUGGCCAGAUCGAGUCGAUCCGUUGGGAGAAAUCCAUGACGUAACCGGCGACGACAGCCAGGAGUUGAUCGAGUCCAUUCUCGCAUUGUGGACGGGGAAGGAGAACCGAGAACAAAUCCGGAAAGCCGGCGAACCUGGCGGGGAAAAGCAAGGAGGAGAUGGCGUGCUUGAAGGAGUCCAUGGCUUUUAA